CUCGCUUCCUCCUUCACGCGCUCUUCCAUUUCAUCUUCGGGAACUGCGCAUGCGAACUGCGAGAAACUGAAAGGAAAACACAAGAAGCAGCUCAUUCAAUCUUAGGGUUAGGGUCGUCCCUAAUCCGGCUACCGUUAAACCGGUUCGCGGUCUUAGAGCCGAAGAGGAACAACCAAGAUGGGCGCGAAUUCGUUAUCUUCAGAUUCAAUUUCCGAUCUCGAUGAGCAGAUCUCGCAACUCAUGCAGUGCAAGCCACUCUCCGAGCCCCAGGUCAGAGCAUUGUGUGACAAGGCUAAGGAGAUACUGAUGCAAGAAAGCAAUGUUCAGCCUGUGAAAAGCCCUGUGACAAUCUGUGGCGAUAUUCAUGGGCAGUUUCAUGAUCUUGCAGAACUUUUUCGAAUUGGAGGGAAGUGUCCAGAUACCAAUUAUUUAUUUAUGGGAGAUUAUGUGGAUCGUGGUUAUUACUCUGUUGAAACUGUGACACUCUUAGUGGCAUUGAAAGUACGUUAUCCACAGCGAAUAACCAUUCUCAGAGGAAACCAUGAAAGUCGCCAGAUUACUCAGGUCUAUGGGUUUUAUGAUGAAUGUUUACGAAAGUACGGCAAUGCUAAUGUUUGGAAGAUCUUCACAGACCUUUUUGACUAUUUUCCACUGACUGCCUUGGUUGAGUCGGAAAUAUUUUGCCUACAUGGUGGAUUGUCCCCAUCAAUAGAAACCCUCGACAGCAUACGAAACUUUGAUCGUGUUCAGGAGGUUCCUCAUGAAGGGGCAAUGUGUGAUCUUUUAUGGUCUGAUCCAGAUGACCGAUGUGGCUGGGGUAUAUCACCACGUGGUGCUGGAUAUACUUUUGGCCAGGAUAUAUCCGAGCAAUUUAACCAUACAAACAACUUGAAGUUGAUUGCUAGGGCACAUCAGCUUGUUAUGGAUGGAUUUAAUUGGGCACAUGAACAAAAGGUGGUUACCAUUUUUAGUGCACCUAAUUAUUGCUAUCGCUGUGGAAAUAUGGCUUCGAUUUUGGAAGUUGAUGACUGCAAGGCUCACACUUUCAUCCAGUUCGAGCCAGCUCCUAGGAGGGGAGAGCCUGAUGUUACCCGGAGAACACCUGAUUACUUCCUGUGAAUCAGCUUUCUGUUGCUCCAAUAUCACCUGCAUCUCAGCUGCCCCUUCUCCCUAUUUCAUGCUCAGGUGGUCGCGGAUCCUAGUUGCAAUAGAUAUCUAUAAAGUUUAAUAUCUCAGAACUUUCUUAGCAUGCUUUUCUGGUGGCAAUGGCCUAUGGGAGCCCAAAAGCAUGUGUAAUAGGGCAAGAUUUUGUGUUUUUUGUUGCGUCUUGUAUUUAAACCACGCUGGAUAGUCUCCACAAUUGGCUAAAGCUUAUGGCAGACCAUCAGCAUUAGAUUGUACCUUCUUUAGCAGAAUUGUGGAUCACUUGUCCCAACCUUUUGGGGGCGUGCAGAGUGAUAAAUGGAUUUGAUACCUGGUGAAUGCUCUGUUUUUUCACUUUGUAAUUUUCUAGAAAGUUGUUUAGAAGUUUGAUUA